AUGUUCUCUACAACAAAGGCGGCUUCUGUUUUGCGUUCAACUAUCAAUGUUGCUCGUCGUACCUAUGCCAACUCUUCAGGCUACGAAUCAACCUAUAAGAACUUGUUAAUCAAUAAAAAUACCAAGGUUAUCUGUCAAGGUUUUACUGGUAAACAGGGUACUUUCCAUUCACAACAAGCUAUUGACUAUGGCACCAAAAUGGUAGGCGGUGUCUCUCCUAAGAAAGCCGGUCAGACUCACCUUGGUCUACCUGUCUUUGGUACAGUUCGUGAGGCUGCUGAAGCCACAAAGGCUGAUGCUAGUGUCAUCUAUGUCCCUCCUCCCGGUGCUGCCCAAGCUAUUUUAGAAGCCGUCGAAGCAGAAAUUCCUCUCGUCGUAGCCAUCACUGAAGGUAUUCCUCAACACGACAUGAUGCGCGUCAAGCAAGCCUUGAUGACUCAAUCCAAGACUCGUCUUGUCGGCCCUAACUGUCCUGGUAUGAUUUCUGCUGAACAAUGCAAGAUUGGUAUCAUGCCUGGUUCCAUCUUGAAGCGUGGUAAGGUCGGUAUUGUUUCUCGUUCUGGUACUUUGACCUAUGAAGCUGUGCAACAAACAACCGAUACCAAUUUGGGUCAAACCCUUUGUGUCGGUAUUGGCGGCGAUCCUUUGAAUGGUUCCAAUUUCAUUGAUUGUUUGAAGGUAUUCUUGGAAGAUGACGAGACAGAAGGCAUCAUUAUGAUUGGUGAGAUUGGUGGUACUGCUGAAGAAGAAGCAGCCGACUUCUUAACUCAAUACAACUUGUCCAAAGAGAAACCCAAGCCCGUUGUCUCCUUCAUUGCUGGCUUGACCGCUCCUCCUGGUCGUAGAAUGGGCCACGCUGGUGCCAUCAUCUCUGGUGGUAAAGGUGGCGCCGGUGAUAAGAUCAAGGCUUUGGAAAAGGCUGGUGUUAUCGUCACUCCUUCACCCGCUAAAUUGGGUGUUACUUUGAAGCAAGCUAUGCAAGAUGCUGGUCUCGUCUAA